AACACACUGUAGACACUUUUUUCUGUUUACCUAAAAUCAGCUGUAAAUCUGUCUUCAAUUUGAAAGUCGCGAUGCUUUUAAAGAACUCUUUUUUAAUUCUUCCAGGGCUUUUGUUAACUGCGCUGUCGAAUAUUGUAUACUCUUUCAGUAUAGGCGAAAAAGUGACACUGUAUGUAAAUAAAGUAGGUCCUUACUUUAACACUCAUGAAACUUAUCACUACUAUCAAUUGCCUGUGUGUCGGCCACAAAAAAUUGAACAUAAAAGUCUUACUUUGGGAGAAGUGCUUGAAGGGGACCGAAUGGCAGUUUCCAUGUAUAAUAUUUCAUUCCGCGUUCCUUUAAAAAAUCAAAAGCUAUGUACAGUCACUUUAAAUGAGAAGGAAUUGUUACAGCUGAAAGAAGCUAUUGAAGAUUUGUACUACUUUGAAUUUAUUCUUGAUGACUUACCACUUCAUGGAUUUAUUGGUCAUCUUGAAGAAAGUGGUUUUCUACCACAUGCUCAUAAAAUAUUUCUGUGGACACAUUACACCUUUAAUAUCAUGUAUAACAAUGAUAAGUUCUCUAUGAGAGUAGCUGAAAAGAAAAGACACACACAAAAAACAAUAAUCCUAAGAGUUCAUAAAUGUCUAUGA